GCUGUCGGUCGUCUCUUCUGCAUCUACCUGGAACUGAAACAGGAGCGGCAGAAAAAAACCAGGUUGCCCGAGAGCAGUGACGGCUCCAAGGACUCGGACAGCUCUGCUGGGCGCCGGGGCAGUGCCAGCCGGAAGCACGGGCGAUGGCGGGGACGGCUGGACAGCCCUGGGGCACUGGUGUCCAAGGUGGUGAGAGCCGUCACGGUGAGACACAAACCAGGACGGAGGCUGCCAGGUGCGCCGGACUCCUCCAGCCGGAGGAACCUGACAGAGCCACGUGGGGAGGCCCAGCUGGCCAUCUUCCAGCAGGGCGACACGGGCAGCGUGGAGGGGGCUCCCCAGCCCACCGAGAACAGCUUCACCCCCAAGUGUGAAAUCACAGGCAAAGCAGCCCUCCCGGCGCUGGCUCGGGCCAGCAGCAAGCAGUGCCAACAGGAGAUCGCCAACGUGGUGUGUCUGCACCGGGCCGGCAGCCUCAUGCCCCAGUCUGUGCCUCGCCACUGCCAGCUCUUGGGUAAGGUCAGCCCCGUCAUCCAGUGGGACGAGAGCCGGCUGCAGCAGGCACCCCCCAGCAAGCCCGUGCGCAUCGCUUAUAUGCUGGUUGUGCACGGCAGGGCUAUUCGCCAGCUGAAGCGGCUCAUCAAGGCUGUGUACCACCAGCAGCACUUCUUCUAUAUCCAUGUCGACAAGCGCUCCAACUACCUCCAUCGCGAGGCAGUGGAGCUGGCCCGGCACUACCCCAACAUCCGCGUGACACCCUGGCGCAUGGUGACCAUCUGGGGAGGUGCCAGCCUGCUGAAGAUGUACCUGCGUAGCAUGAAGGAUCUGCUGGAACUGGCCGAGUGGCCCUGGGACUUUUUCAUCAACCUGAGUGCCACUGACUACCCCACAAGGACCAAUGAGGAGCUGGUGAUGUUCCUGUCCAAAUACCGAGAUAAGAACUUCCUGAAGUCUCAUGGCCGAGACAACGCCAGGUUUAUCAAGAAGCAGGGCCUGGACCGCCUGUUCCACGAGUGUGACUCCCACAUGUGGCGGCUGGGCGAGCGCCAUAUCCCUGAGGGCAUCGUGGUGGACGGGGGCUCCGACUGGUUCUCGCUGACGCGCAGCUUCGUGGAGUACGUGGUCUAUGCCGACGACCAGCUGGUAUCCCAGCUGCGCCAGUUCUACACCUACACGCUCCUGCCAGCCGAGUCCUUCUUCCACACGGUCCUGGAGAACAGUCACGCCUGCGAGACACUGGUCGAUAACAACCUCCGAGUGACCAACUGGAACCGGAAGCUGGGCUGUAAGUGCCAAUAUAAACACAUAGUCGACUGGUGUGGGUGCUCCCCAAAUGACUUCAAACCCCAGGACUUCCUCCGGCUACAGCAACUCUCUAGACCCACCUUCUUCGCCCGCAAGUUUGAGUCGACGGUGAAUCAGGAGGUGCUGGAGAUCCUGGACACGCACCUCUAUGGCAGCUACCCCCCCAACAUGCCGGCCCUGAAGGCGUACUGGGAGAAUGUCUACGACCGCGUCGACGGGCUCAGCAGCCUCAGCGACGUUACCCUCACCUUCUACACGGCCUUCUCCAGGCUGGGGCUCCACAAAGCCGCGACCGUGCUGGCAGUGAAGGCUGACAAGCUCUGCAGAUUUGAGCCCCGGGGUUUCCCAUCCAGUGUGCACUUAUAUUUCUAUGACGACCGUUUCCAGGGUUACUUGGUGAUGCAGGAAGUGCAGAAUUCGGCAACUGGGCAGGCAGAGUCCCUGGAGGUGUGGAUGAUGCCCCAAGGAGCUCUGAAGCUGGUGGGUCACGGAGGGCAGGCAAACCGCUUACAAAACCUUGAGGUGGGCACGGAGUGGGAUCCCAAGGAAAGGCCGGAGCCGGUGGCCAUGCAGAAGUGGUCGCGGGGCCCCAACCUGACAGCCACGGUGGUGUGGAUCGACCCCACCUAUGUCAUUGCCGCAUCCUACGACAUCACGGUGGAUGCCGAGGCAGAGUUCACCCAGUACAAGCCCCCCCUCAGUCGGCCCCUGCGCCCCGGUGUCUGGACUAUCCGCCUUCUCCAGUUUUGGGAGCCCCUGGGGGAGAACCAGUUCCUGGUGGUGCCCCAGACCUUCAACCGCAAGCAGCCUCUCAGGAAAGACGACAGCAACUGGCUGCACGGUGGACCGCCCCGCAAUGAGUACAUGGAGCAGAGCUUCCAGGGCCUGGGGGGGAUCCUCAACCUGCCGCGCUCCGAGGGGGCAGAGGAGGAUGCAAUGCGGAAGGCGCAGCUGACUGGCAAGGCACUGGAGGACUGGGCGGACAGCGCCAUCAACGCGUUCUGGUCUGUGGCGGACAUCUGUGUCGGCAGCCCCUCUGCCUGUGCCUCCCUGGAGACCUGCAGUAAAACCUCCUGGAGCUCCCUUUCCCCGGACCCCAAAUCAGAACUGGGGCCCGUCAAACCUGACGGGCGGCUGAGGUAGCCGGAACAGCCGGGGGGGGG